CACAUUUUAGUGAUAAGAGAAUCAUGCUUGUCAUGUGAAUUCAUUAUAUUCCUGACCAUUGCAGAGGAAACAUCUUUGUCAACUCUUUCAUCUUUAGUUUUGUAGGGUAUUCAACAAGAUGACAACUUAUAAAUUAACUUAUUUCAACAUUAUGGGCCUUGGUGAAACCAUUAGGUACAUGCUCUCUUACCUUGGAAAGGAUUUUGAAGACUUCAGAAUAAAUGACUAUCCAAGCUGGGUAAAUGAAUUUAAGCAAAAAAUGCCAUUCGAAAAAGUACCAUUGUUAGAAUUUGAUGGACACAGACUACACCAAUCCAUGGCAAUAUGCAGGUACUUCGCAAAAGAGGCUAAGCUGAACGGAGAUAAUGCUUGGGAGGAACUGCAGAUAGACAUGAUUAUGGAUUCCUUCGUUGAUUUUCGUCACGCUGUAUGGGCUUACUUCUACAAUAAAGAUGAAAAUAACAAAGAACAUUUAAAAGGGAUGCUCUUCAAAAAAACGGUACCACUUUAUUUAGGAAAGUUUGACAAGCUGUUUGAGGAACAAGGAUACCUGGCAAACGGAAAGCUUUCCUGGGCCGACUUAUACUUUGCAGCUGUGAUUGGUUACUUUAGUUUUAUGCUGCAAUUGGACAUUGUGAAGGAGUACCCAAAUAUUGGAGCCUUUAGGGAAAAAAUUCAUGCUAUACCUAACAUAAAAGCCUGGUUAGACAAGAGACCAACAACAGAAUGGUAAACUUGAUUUGUUGAGGGAGUAUCUGAUUCUGAAAUCCUGAUCUGUACAACUAAAUAUAAAGGAGCUACCGAAAGUAAUUUAUAUUUAUUAAAUAAGAAGGUUAAUUUUAUGCUCAUUUCCAUAGUUAAGAUUAAUUUAUAUUAAUAUUGUUUUUCAUCUUUUUUUAUUAUUCCAUAAUGGUAUUGUUAAUGAAAGUUCAAUAAUGUAUUUUACUGAUGACGAUAUGAUGUACUUGUAUGAUAUUAGAACAUAAAUGAAAUCCUGGACGUAAGCAAAAGUUAUUAAUUUUGUUGAAAUUUUUCCAGUUAUUAUUAGAAUUAUAAUGAUUUUGUAAAUUAGUGUUUGUUUUUGUUUUUUUGUAACAUCCAUUUUUUCUUUACAACAUUCAGAAUAAAUACAAGAGGAAAUCAAUGUUUCCAGUGUUGAUAUUUAAUAGUUACUUUUAUGAAUUUGAUCUAAGUCUACCAGUCUAUUUUGAUAUUAAUUUUAUGUCCCUUCUGACAUAAAUAACAUCUAAGCAACUGAUGUUGCAUAUUCAGACACAGAUU